AUGGUUAGAAAACUUAAGGGAAAAAAUCUCCAAGGUAAAGGGCUAAAGGGUGCCCUUGCUCGACAUCAAGUAUCUGACAAUCUCCAAAAGAAGCUUCAAAAGAAUGCCGAAAUAACUAAAGAGAACCAACUCAACAAGGCGAAAUCCAUCAAAAAAGUACCAAAGAAACAUAAUCAACCUCAACAGGUUAAGGGCCUCAUGCCAUUCACCGUUGAUGACAGAGUAUUGCUUAUUGGUGAAGGUGAUUUCUCGUUUGCAAAGUCUUUAAUAGUGCAGAAUUUUAUACAACCUCAGAAUUUGAUAGCCACCAGUUAUGACUCGGUUGAAGAACUUAAUCAGAAAUAUCCAAAUGUACAAUCAACCCUUGAUGAAUUGACUGAGGAAGGUGUGAAGUUAAUCCAUGAAGUUGACACGACAAACUUACCACAAUGUUUGAAACUUAUAGCUAACAGCAAAACAAAAAAGUCAGGUAAGACACCACUGUUGUUUGAUGAUAGGUCCCAAUUGAACUAUAUAAUGUUCAAUUUCCCUCAUACUGGUAAAGGUAUAAAGGACGUGGAUAGAAACAUUCGUGAGCACCAAAAAUUGAUCUUGGAAUAUUUCAAAAAUUGUAAACAAGUGUUUGAUAUUGUUAAUGACACAAGCAAGAACGAUUUUGCGGGCUACAGUGUCCCAACUGAAGGAAAGAUUAUUCUUUCUACGUUUGAAGGAGAACCAUAUAAUUCAUGGGGUAUUAAAAUUAUUGGAAAAAGUCAAGACUACAAGGUUGAAAGAUCAGGAAAAUUUGAUUGGGCCAUGUUUCCAGAAUAUCACCAUAGAAGAACAAAUAGUACCAGAGAUACUACUAAGCCUGCUGAAGAAAGAAAUGCCAGAAUUUACGUUUUUGAAAAAUUCAAAAAGAAGCAGGAACAAACUAAGGAUGAUAGUGAUAGUGAUUAG